UUAAUAUUAAAUCAGUUUUGAGGACCGCCAUGCUUAAAAUUCUAUGGCGGAGUGUUCAGAGGAAAAGGUCAAAAUACCCUUCGGAGAGAAGCGGCUGGAUGCUGUGAUAACUUUCACGGAUAAGGUGUCCGAUGUUCGGACCGCGGUAGUUCUGACCCACGGGGCCGGCGGAGACAUGAACUUCAGGCACCUGGUGUCGCUGGCGCGUGCCGUGGCGGCGUCGGGGCACAUCUGCGUGCGCUUCACCUGUAAAAGCCUGAACCUGCCGUACAGAGUGAAGGCUUACGGGGCCGUGGUGACAUAUUUAAAAAGCCAUGGCAGAUUCACACUGACAAAACUAUUCCUCGGGGGCCGGUCCAUGGGUGCGCGUGCAGCCGUCUCUCUGGCCAGGCAGCUGAGCGAGGAGGGCGACGAGUGUGUGUGGGGCGUGGUGUGUGUGUCCUUCCCCCUCCACCCCCCUGCUCAGACACACACACACACACACCAGGAGCGCAGCCAGGACCUCCGGGCACUAUCCCAUCAGCCCGUGCUCUUCAUCUCAGGCACCGCUGACAACAUGUGUGAACGGAAGCUUCUGGAAGAGUUGGUGCAGGAUAUGCAAGCCCCUGCAGCUGUGAGAUGGAUUGAGGGGGGGGGGCAUGGACUCGCUGUCAAGGGGCGACCCGAGGAGGCCGUGCUAGAAGAGGUCAACACACACAUCACGGAGUGGAUACAGCAACAGCUGUCUAAUUGACCUCCACACACAUCACGGAGUGGAUGCAGCAACAGCUGUCUGAUUGACCUCCACACACAUCACAGAGUGGAUACAGCAACAGCUGUCUGAUUGACCUCCACACACAUCACGGAGUGGAUACAGCAACAGCUGUCUGAUUGACCUCCACACACAUCACGGAGUGGAUACAGCAACAGCUGUCUGAUUGACAUCCACACACACACGUCACGGAGUGGACACAACAAUAGCUCUUAGAUAAACAUCACCACACACACACACAUCACAGAGUGGAUACAGCAACAGCUCUCAGAUAAACAUCACCACACACACACGUCACAGAGUAACGGGGUCAUAAGCUAAUGAGGUCAAUACCCCACACUACAAGGCACAUGUCUGACAGCAUGCAGAAUGAGAAUUACACCUGAAACAAGCAAAGGCUGAAUCCUGUUAUAUAAUGUGAAAUUAUGUCAAUUAUAUAAAUAAACAACCAACUGUAGCCUAUAGGACAUAAGGUGUAAUGAAAGCAGUGAAUAAAGAUGAAAAUCUGA